CGUAUGAUGGGUUGGAACGAAAUAACGGGUGGCAAUAAAUUACAUCGUUAUACAAGUGAAUUAGAUAUUUUAACAAAAGAAAAAUUAGCACAAAAUACAAUUGUUCACUUUUGGAAAGGUAAUUUAGAUUUGUUGAAUAAAACAAUUUCUCAUGGUUAUGAUGUGGUUAAUUCUAAUAAUAAAUUCACUUACUUGGAUUAUGAUUAUGAUAAAAUUUCAUUAGAAAAAGCUUAUAAUUUUAAUCCAAUUCCUGAUAAUUUAUCAGAAGAAUAUCAUUCAAAAAUAUUAGGUUUAGGUUGUCAAAUGUGGGGUGAACGGAUAUCAACAGUUGAUAAAAUGAAUAAACAAAUAUUUCCAAGAAUAGCUGCUUAUGCUGAAGUUGGAUGGACUAGUUUAGAAAAUAAAAAUUAUCAAAAUUUUACACAAAAUAUAACAUCAUACUGGUAUAAGCGAUGGGAUAAAUAUGGAAUUAAUUACUAUAAAUUACAGAAUAGUAUUUCCACGUUGAAUAACAAAGUGGUCACUAAAAAGCGUAAAACAAAGAACAUGGAGAAAACAAGCAUGAA